CCCGACACUUUAUCUUGUAAGAUAUCAACAAGAUUCCCAGUCUCCAAAAAUCAUAAUAUGAAACAAAGAAAGCACAUGUAGAGACUGUAGAGUAGUCUAUAAAAGAGUAUUACGUACUUGAUUUUUCAGGAUACAUUCAUCAUCAAAUGGAGAAGAAAGAAGUUUCAAAUGAGCUCCAGGAGUUGCUCCAAACACUGGAACAGCAGACGAACUGGGAUGGCCGUCGGCUCGUUAAAUACGAUGGAUUCUGGUUGCCAGAAAUCGCAGUCCGACCAAUAUUCUCCGCUCAAAGGUACUUCAAAGCAAAAGAUUCCGACAUCAUAUUGACAUCCAUCCCAAAAUCAGGAACCACCUGGUUGAAAGCGCUUGUGUUUUCCAUAGCCAAUCGCAACGUUAUCUCCAUUGACCAAAGCCCUUUACUCACUUCCCAUCCUCACACAGUUGUGCCCUUCCUCGAGUUCAAUCUUUAUUUAUUCCAAGAAAAUCCUCAUCUCCAAGACCUCCCUAGUCCAAGAAUUUUCACAACCCACAUGCCUUUCAAAAUCCUUCCUGAUUCCAUCCGUGAAUCCGAGUGUAAAAUUAUCUACAUCUGCAGAAAUCCUUUGGAUCAGUUCGUUUCACACCGCCAUUUCUUGCUCGAAAACAAGAUAGAAAAAGACGCAGUGCCACUCGAUAUAGACGCGGCUUUCGACUUGUUUUGCCAGGGAAUUCAUCCAUUCGGGCCCUUCUGGGACCAUAUUCUUGGAUACUGGAACGCCGGCUUGAAGAAUCCUGAGAAAGUGUUGUUUCUGAGGUACGAGGAUCUGAAAGAGGAUAUCACGCCUCAUGUCAAGAAGAUUGCUGAAUUCAUCGGGUCCCCAUUUUCACCCGAGGAAGAAAAACAAGGUGUCGUUGAUCAAAUCUCAAGGCUAUGUAGCUUCGAAAAUCUUAGGAAUUUGGAGGUGAACAAGAACGGAUACAUCCUUAAGGUACUGAAAAACAGUUCAUUCUUCAGGAAGGGAGAAGUCGGAGAUUGGAUCAAUCAUCUUACUCCUGCAAUGGCUGAACGUGUUAAGGACCUCCUGGUGAGCAAGUUCGACGGCUCUGGUUUAAUUUUCAAGAUCUAAACAAAACUUAAGCCAUUGAAGAAUACGAUUAUGGGAGAACAUUUGAAGAACUUUUCAGAGGUUAAUUAGUAUUAAGGUUCACUGCAAGUUUCUGUUCUUAUGCAAUCUGUUUGUAUGGAUCUCAUUUUCAACUUAUGAAUAACAUUUGAAAAUGAGACUCUUGGGUGCAAAAAGAUGGCGGUUGAUGAAUUCAAUCUAUUCUGUUCCAUUUUCCUUAUCAUUUCUUUGUU